GGCCAUGGAGGCGGAGCCGUCGAUCUAUCCCAUGGCUGGUGCCGCAGCACCACAGGGCGACAAGGGGCCUCUAGGGAUUCCCGAUGGGUCCGAAGCCCCGCUGGACGAGCUGGUGGGCGCGUACCCCAACUACAAUGAGGAGGAGGAAGAGCGCCGCUACUAUCGCCGCAAGCGCCUGGGCGUGAUCAAGAACGUGCUGGCGGCCAGCGCUGGUGGCGCGCUCACCUACGGUGUCUACCUGGGCCUCCUGCAGAUGCAACUGAUUCUGCACUAUGACGAGACCUACCGCGAGGUCAAGUAUGGGAACAUGGGGCUGCCCGAUAUCGACAGCAAGAUGCUCAUGGGUAUCAACGUGACGCCCAUCGCUGCCCUGCUUUACACACCGGUGCUCAUCAGGUUUUUUGGCACCAAGUGGAUGAUGUUCCUGGCGGUGGGCAUCUAUGCCCUUUUUGUCUCCACCAACUACUGGGAGCGCUACUACACACUCGUACCCUCGGCUGUCACCUUGGGCAUGGCCAUUGUGCCACUUUGGACAUCCAUGGGCAACUACAUCACUAGGAUGGCACAGAAGUAUUACGAGUACUCCCAUUACAAGGAGCAGGAAGAGCAGGAGCCUCAGAAGCGUCCACCACGAGGCUCCCACGCGCCCUAUCUCCUGGUCUUCCAAGUCAUUUUCUACGGCUUCUUCCAUCUAAGUUUCGCUUGUGCCCAGCUGCCCAUGGUCUACUUCCUGAACCACUACCUGUAUGACCUGAACCACACGCUGUACAACGUGCGAAGCUGUGGCACUGACAGCCUCGGCAUCCUCAGAGGCUUCAACAAGACGGUUCUGAGGACGCUGCCGCGGAGCCGGAACCUCAUCAUAGUGGAGAGUGUGCUCAUGGCGGUGGCCUUCUUGGCCAUGCUGCUGGUGCUCGGCCUGUGCGGCGCUGCUUACCGCCCCACGGAGGAGAUCGACUUGCGCAGCGUGGGUUGGGGUAACAUCUUCCAGCUGCCCUUCAAGCACAUGCGUGACUUCCGUCUGCGCCACCUGGUACCAUUCUUCAUCUAUAGCGGCUUCGAGGUGCUCUUCGUCUGCACUGGUCUCGCCCUGGGCUAUGGUGUGUGCUCCAUGGGACUGGAACGUCUAGCGUAUCUCCUGGUGGCAUACAGCUUUGGCGCCUCAGCCUCCUCGGUCCUGGGCCUACUGGGGCUGUGUCUGCCUCGCUCCGUGCCCCUGGUGGCUGGGGCUGGCUUGCACCUGCUGCUCACUCUUGGCCUCUUCUUCUGGGCCCCUGUGCCUCGGGUCCUACAGCACAGCUGGAUUCUCUACAUGGCAGCUGCCCUGUGGGGUGUGGGCAGUGUCCUCAACAAGACCGGGCUCAGCACGCUCCUGGGAAUCCUGUACGAGGACAAGGAGAGGCAGGACUUCAUCUUCACCAUCUACCACUGGUGGCAGGCUGUGGCUAUCUUCGCGGUGUACCUAGGCUCUAGCCUACCCAUGAAGGCCAAGCUGGUAGUGCUGCUGGUGACUCUGGUACUGGCUGUGGCCUCUUACCUGUGGAUGGAGCAGAAGCUGCAGCGAGGGGUGGUCCCGCGCCAGCCGCGCAUCCCUCGGCCCCAGCACAAAGUACAGGGCUACCGCUACCUAGAGGAAGACAACUCGGAUGAGAGCGACGCGGAAGGAGAACGCCUGGGGGACCGCGUGGAGGAGGAGGUGCCGCCCGCGGGGCCCGGAUCUGGCCCCGAGACAGUGGGCCUUUGCCGCAGGCCUUGUCCCUACGAACAGGCGCUGGGAGGAGACGGGCCCGAGGAGCUGUAAGCGACCCCCAAGAACCCUCGGAUUCUGGCUCCAUCUUC